AUGCAUGUUGUCAUGGUGACCAGCCCCUCCACCCCCUCCCCCCUCCUCUGGUUGGUCCAGCUUUUGCUGUGGCUUCACCACCAUGGACCUCAGCUGACAGAGGCCGUGCCCCCAUGUCCCAACCCCUGUAGCUGCUCCAAUCAGGCAAGCCGAGUCAUCUGUACAAGGAAGAGUUUAGAGGACGUACCGGACAGUAUUUCUGUGAACACAAGAUACCUCAACUUACAAGAGAACACGAUUCAGGUAAAUAUGCCUUUCUCUUAUUACAUUUACCCACAAUCCAUACAUGUACGCAUAUGAACAGAGUAUGCUUUACGGCAGAGAGGUUUCAUGUGGCUACAAUGUACCAGCAUGUUUUUAUAUAUCUCAACAGGUGAUAAAGUCAGACACGUUCAAGCACCUGCGGCAUUUGGAAAUACUGCAGCUCUCCAAGAACCACAUCCGACAAAUUGAGGUGGGCGCGUUCAAUGGCCUGCCAAACCUCAACACCCUGGAGCUCUUUGACAAUCGCCUCACGCUGGUACCGUCACAGGCCUUUGAGUACCUCAGCAAACUGCGGGAGCUCUGGCUACGGAACAACCCCAUCGAGACACUGCCAGCGUACGCCUUUCACCGCGUUCCCUCCCUGCGCCGGCUCGACCUGGGCGAACUCAGGAAGCUGGACUACAUCUCCGAGGCCGCCUUUGAGGGCCUGGUCAACUUGCGCUUCCUGAACCUGGGCAUGUGCGGCCUGAAGGACAUCCCCAACCUCACGCCCUUGGUGAGACUGGAGGAGCUGGAGCUGUCGGGAAACCAACUGGGGCUCGUCAGGCCGGGCUCCUUCCAGGGCCUGGUGUCGCUGCGCAAACUGUGGCUCAUGCACUCCAAGGUGACGGUCAUUGAGCGCAAUGCCUUCGACGACCUGAAGAACCUGGAGGAGCUCAACCUGUCCCACAACUCUCUGCAUUCGCUGCCCCACGACCUCUUCACUCCACUGCACCAGUUGGAGCGGGUGCACCUCAACCACAACCCCUGGGUGUGCAACUGCGAUGUCCUGUGGCUCAGCUGGUGGCUCAAGGAGACGGUGCCCAGUAACACCACAUGCUGCGCCCGCUGCCACGCGCCACCAGUCCUGAAGGGCCGGUACAUUGGUGAGCUGGACCAGAGCCACUUCACAUGCUACGCUCCCGUCAUCGUAGAGCCACCCACCGACCUCAAUGUCACAGAGGGUAUGGCCGCGGAGCUGAAGUGUCGCACUGGCACCUCCAUGACGUCUGUCAACUGGCUCACCCCAAAUGGCACCCUCAUGACCCACGGAUCGUACCGCGUCAGGAUCUCAGUCCUUCAUGACGGCACCCUGAAUUUCACCAACGUGACUGUGCAGGACACAGGCCAAUACACCUGCAUGGUGACCAACUCCGCCGGCAACACCACGGCGACUGCAGUGCUCAACGUGUCCUCCUCCGACUCCAGCAACCCCUACAGCUUCUUCACCACUGUCACUGUUGAAACUGUGGAAACAAACAAUGGUGAGGAUGCUGGGAGGCAGUACAUCAACGAAACCUACGUACCGCCAGAUUACCUGGGUCCCACUUUUUCAGGAGGGGUACUGGGUAAAGGCAGGGCUGGAUUCACCAUAUCUCCAUCUCGCUCUUCUCUCUCCUCUUUCUCCCCGCGAGCCACCAGAAAUACUGAAAAUACAGUCACAGUGUCGAUAAUGGACGUCACAAACAUCACUGGCCUGGACGACGUGAUGAAGACCACCAAGAUCAUCAUCGGCUGCUUUGUGGCCAUCACCUUCAUGGCAGCCGUGAUGCUGGUGGUCUUCUACAAGCUGAGGAAGCAGCACCAGCUGCACAAGCACCAUGGCCCCACCCGCGCCAUCGAGAUCAUCAACGUGGAAGACGAGAUUGGUGCCGGGGCCGGGAGCGGCAUCUCAGGGGGAUCGACCAUGCAAUCCGGGUGCGGAGGAGACGGAACAUUGAGGAUGCAUCACCCGGAAAUAGUCAACCUUCCCAACUUCGGGCGAUCAGAGCAUCUUAACCAUUACUACAAGGCCAAUCAUUUCAACAACAACGUGAUGGGUCUGAGCAUUGGGACAGGGGCAGGAGUCGGUACUCUAAGCAACAAGAACAAUCCGUCUCCACUUAACCAGCAAGGCCAGGAUAUCCCGAUCUCCUGUACACAGGUCCCAAUCUCCUCAGCCACUUUCCAGACCAUGUCUGGAAACGGCACCAACACCAACCCUCUUUCUGUUUCCCCACCUCUGCCAAUGUCCCUCCCCAUGCCCCCCAUGGGAUUACACGGAUCGAUCAAGGGUUUCAUGGUCCAGAACCAGAAUCCACAAAUGGAGCCUCUUCUGUUCAAGGGAAACUCAAAGGAAAACGUUCAAGAGACUCAAAUUUGA